AUGGGCGAAGCAGUGAUUGAGGGAUCCAACUGGCGCCUCGUCGAGGUCGGCCGCGUCGUCGUCAUCAACGGCGACCACCCCUUUGCUGGUGGUCUGGCUACCAUCGUGGAGAUUAUCGACCACAAGCGAGUCCUCGUCGAUGGCCCCUCCGCAGACCCCCAGCUGGCCGUUCCCCGGCAAUCCGUUCCCCUGGCCAAGUGCCUCCUCUCCCAGUUCGUCGUCGAGGGACUGCUCCGCGGCUCGCGGAACGGCACCGUCAAGAAGCUUUGGGAAAAGUCCGAGAUCGACACCAAGUGGAAGCAGAGCAACUGGGCCAAGAAGCGGGAUCAAAUCAAGCGACGGAAGAACCUGACGGACUUUGACCGCUUCAAGGUCAUGCGACUCAAGAAGCAGCGACGGUUCGAGGAGCGCAAGGCCCUGGCCAAGAUCAAGGCCUCGGCAUAA